AUGCCCGCUGCAAACCCACGAAACAAGCUCUACACUUGCCGAUACUGGGCUCUCGGCCCCGGUUGCCCAAACACUGAUGCUUUCGGUUGGCUUACCUGCGAGUUCGCUCACUGCGAUACCGGUCGACUGGCCAGUUCUGUUCAACAAAGAGGUACAUGCCUCCCGUGGAAGCAUUUUGGAUAUUGCGGCAGCGGUGUCGGCUGUUGGUAUGAGCAUCGAGAAACGGGGGUUACGGGUCUCUAUCAAGGCACUGUCGAGUUGGCCGGCUUCGAGCUGGAAGUUGCAGACGCAGCUACGGAAGCUGGGUUCAAUACGUUUAACCAUGAAGCCUUAUUCGACCUCAUCUGGGCUGUCAAACGACUUGCGUUGCAAGCAGGAUCUUGUCAUUUCCAAAGGACCCGUCCUCCUAAAGAUCCAAUAUACCCUGACAGGUAUCGCCCCAGCGGUAUAGGUGAUAAUGAAAGAAUGAAGAGAGGUGCAGUUACCAUAGAGCCUCCAGAAAAUCAUUCCGUGGAGUUGAAGUUUCACCCUGUUCAGCCUUUGAUGAGGAAACGGCCCCCAAAUGACAGGAAGCAAGAGAACUUGAUUGACUUGACGCUGUCGUCAGACAAUGAAACCAACCCCACAGACUCAUCCAAUGCCAUAUUCAAACGUCAGAAAAUGGUUGGUGGGAGUGAUAACCCAACUGCAGUCGAUCACCGCCUUAGAGCUUCCACCGCGCUCCGAGGGAGAAGCGCAUCGUUCACUUCAGUCCUCCGAUUCUCCAAGCGCCCAUCUCGAGCUGCACACAAACCUGCCAACAAGGGAGCCCAGGCUGCCGCAGCCAUUCCAGUCAUGCUGAAGGCACCUCUGGCAGCCGAAGACGAGAUUAGCAAGCAGUUGCUCUUGGUCAAGGCCAAGCUUGAUGAUGCCAGGAAUAGUAUGAAUACCUGUCAAGGAACGAUGAAGGCGCUAUUCGACGCGCACUAUGAGAGGUUUGACAACGAUCAGAUGAUGCUAGCUCUUAAGAAUCUGAGGAGCUCUAUGAACCAAGUUCAUGACGGUGGCAAAGAGGGUGCAGAGGAGGUUGACAAGGCCAUCGUAUUGCUGGGAGUCAAGAAGGACUGCAUUUUGUAG